AUGGAGAAUCUAGAAACGAGUGUAGAGAUUUUUGAGAAGUUCAGAUGGACCAUCGAGAACUUCUCUAAGUUGAAUGUAAAGAAUAUAUACUCAGAGCCUUUUGUUGCAGGCGGUUAUCCAUGGAGAAUUAUUCUGUAUUCAUCCGGGAACAAUGUAGAUCGCAUCAUAUCAAUUUAUUUGGAGGCUGUGAAAACUACUAAUAUGUCUGAGGGAUGGAGCAGACAUGCCAAAUAUAAGUUGACUGUUUUCAAUCAAUUGGAUUCCAACCUGACAUGCACAAGAGAAUCAAGUCUCGAAGAAUUCAAUGAACAUAAGUUGAACCUGGGUUACCAUACUUUCCUGCCUUUGGAUGAGCUAGAUGAUCCUGAAGAGGGAUUUGUUGUGAAGGAUACUUGUAUUAUUGGUGCUGAGGUAUUUGUUAGUAAGUCAACAAAUGAGACUCAAAUGAAUCCAACAGCUAUGAUGAAUGUUUCCAUAACCUCUAGAAGUCAAACAAGCCACAAUGAAGUUGAAAUUCCAUUGCAAGGGCCAGAUGUUCAAGACCCAAAUCAUGUAACUUGUUUACCAGUUCCUAUAAUGGUUUGCGGUGAACCUACAAAACUCACUGAUUCAGAAUUGUUCUCACCCUCAUUAGGAGAACUUAUGGAUUUCAGUAGCGUAGGACACCAAGAAGAAAUUUGUUCAGAUUCACUCAAUGAGCCCCUGCCAAAGAGAAGACGCAAGUUUACUGAUUUGGCAUUUUCUUCGUUGGGGAGAGUUAUUUAUUUCCUUAAUACUAGAAAAGUGAAAGACAUGAAUGACCAAGCUUGUAAGGAUCUUCAAGUUUUAUGGGAGGAGUUUGAGAAAUUUAGAUUUGAUCUCACUUGGCUUGAACCUCAUGUUCAGUUUGCUUUAGGAACUAAAAAUAAUUUUAAUUGA